GCGCAGCCCCGCGCCAGGCCGGGAGGCGCAAAGCACCGCCUGGAGCUGCGGGAGGAGGCGCCGGGCUCGCCCCGGCCCGGCCCGCGCCCCCGCCUGUGGCUCCCUGCGCGGCUCGGGAAAGGGUGAUGUCGGGAGCCGGGGGCUGGGCCCUGCGGCGGGAAGAGGGAGUGGCCAGGUUCCUGUCAAAACCAAACUACACCGGUGCCGUUCCUGGCCGGGAGCGUCGCCUCCUGGCACCGUGAGGGCUCCCGCUGCAGAGGCGGUGGUGUCGCUGCCGCUUUUCCAGCGAUUCCGUAGCUCAGUGGGGCGGCGCAGAAAUUCCCUCCCGUAGCGUUCUUGCCGUUCGUCAGCUGAGUCUGCAGAGCAUGGCCACCUCCCGCCCAAGACCUGAGGCGAAACCGGCGAGGAUGUCCGGGCAGGCCCCCAACCGCAGCGCCAGGGGGGCGAGCGAACGGGUGUCCGAGACGGAGCCGAAAGGAGGACGGGUCGUGAAGUCGCGCUAUCUGCAGUGCUUUCAGAAGGACGGCGAGAAGACAUCCACUGCUAAAACAUCCGCUGCCACUAAACCCAGAUCAGUGCCUUGGAAACGUGGCGCUUCGGCUGGUUGUGUCCCUGGCUCAUUAAACCAAAGCAGUUUUGAGAAAGGUGACUUGCAGUCCACUUUAUUAGAUGAAGAUAAAGGUAGUCGACCAGAGCUUGAUCUUCCAGCUGUUACUGAUAGAAGUGCUUGUGAAGAGACUCAUCAUUCAAAACCUGUUUGCAAAGGAGCUACUGGGACACGUAAAAGCCGAGCAAAAAAGAAGGGAAAUGAUGAUGAUGUGAUUGAAGAGCUGGAGUCUCUGACACUGCUUUUAACUUACCUAAGAAUAAAGGCAGAAAAAAAUCUUGCUGAGCUGGAGAAAAAAACAGAAGAGAACUUGUUAAGGUUAUGUGAAGAAAAGGAGAGACAGCAGGAGAAGCUCUGGGAGCUGAAGCGUGAAAUUCUACUCAAAGAGAGAGAGCAGAGACUAGAGGAAGCAUUAGACAAACAGAUGGAUGUACUUUCCCCCCUUGUUGCUGUUUGUGAACAGUUUAAGGAGCAAUAUAAAAACUUUGCUACUUCGCUGGAUGCCGCUAGACAUAAAUUACCCAUCAGGAAUAUUCACAUAGAAGGAGAUGCACAAACAUACCUUGAUGGCCUGCAGAAGGAGUUAACUGUCACACAGGAACUUCUGGCAGAAAUUAUGCCAUGCUACUCAGAAGAAAGUGCACAAGUGUUUGGGGUACUGAAAGACCUUAAAGAAGUCUCUCAGAAACUGGAUCAAGAGAUUCAAAGGAGCUCCACACAAGUGCAGAACCUGGCGUUUGAAGUUAGUAAAGAAGUUUCUCUGUGUAACCAAAGAAAAUGUGAAGAGCAGCAUGGACCAGAUGUUGUAAGAGACUGGUACUUCGGCUAAGUUUGUGUCUUGUUUGACAAACGAGCGGGUUCUAAAGCAACGAGACCAUGCUUCUGUGUGAACAUACAACUUGUCCAAUUUUCAGUCAGUCAUACAACUUACCAACAUUUUCAGGCUGUGUGAGCACUGUAAGCAUGUGUGCUUCCUAAAAUAAAGGGAGUUUUCUUCUGCAUUCUGCUCAUAAGGAGACCUCCUUUUUGAGUGCAAAUUUCUUUGACACCUUCUGCUUUGACAACACUGAAAGUAUUUUCUUGGCAAAUAUGACCUAUGUAUUCUUAAAGUUCUUGUUUGCCUUUCUUGGAAGUAGCUCCAAGACUGAUUUAGACUUUUCAGACUGAUUUCCAUCUUUUUCCCAAGUAGCAUUCUUUAGAGGGCAGUGUACGAGAACGUCAGUGGAUCAGAAAGAGCCUGGUCACUUCCACCAAGUGAAAACUUUGUUAACUUUGUGGCUGAUUGUCUUGGAAAUGAAUUAUUAAAACCAUCAAUGUUUUUGUAGUAACCUGCCAUCUUCUUUUUAAGGACUUUAUUCUCUUUAAUAAUAAAGAUUACUUUCCACUGCUUUAUCUCUAGCCUUCAUGCCAGAAUAUCUUCCCUGUUCUACUACAGAAGCUUUUGUUUCCAUCUGGGCUUACAUAGGGCUAAUACUACACUACCAUUCUAUGAUUGUAGAUAUGCAGUGAUGGACUUGCAGGCACUAACAGGUGCUAAUGGCAAGCUGUGGGAAUCGCACUCAAAGGGUUAAAACUGCCAGUACCUGCUUCUGUGAUGCAGAGCUGGGAGGUGGAGGCCUUGAGAGAUCAGCCUGAAAAGUAGCCGAGUGAGGAAGCCUUGUGGAGGCAAGAUGGUUCUGUUUUGGCUGCAAAUGCUGGGAUUGAGAGAAAAGCAGCUUCCAAACAGUUUCAGCAAGGCCACAGGUGCCCAGAGUGAGAGAACUGCAUGAGCCAUGCAAUGGAUACUCAGGUUAGCACCCCUGUGACACCCCUGACGAUGAAAAUGAGCAAAAAGAGGGAUGUGCUAAACCAGAAAUAACUGUUCCUCAACUCUCCACCCAAAUCAUGUCAAAUGUCACCCCAGGGAUGAACAGAGAAGUCAAAGUCCCUAGGGGAGAGGAGAGGUUUUUUGGCUUUUUAGCCUUUUUAGUGUUUUGAAUGCUUUUGCUCUGCUGCUUCAGAGAGAUGCAGCAGGACCAAAGAGACUGAAGACCCAGGUGAGGCAGGUGAUGGACUGUACUCUUCUUCCUCACCCAAGCCAGGGACACCUUGGUAAGAAUCAUGCUUUUUGUCUAGGUGACAAUCCCCAGGACAAGCAUUGCUGCCAUUUUGAUCAUAUAUUAGCACAACUGCAGUGUGUUUAUCAACAGCAGUGUCCAAUCUGUGAUAUCUGUCACCUUCCUAAUUUCUCAUAAAUUCUAAUGCUUGACUUUUGAAGCAGUUUUCAGUGAAAGUCCCCAGCAGCAGCUCCUGACAGACUAGUCAAGCUCAACCUUCACGUGACACAAGCCAUUGGCCACUGGCAGCCAACGUGCUGAGGCCAGAAGAGCGUGAAUGUGCAGAGAAACCUUAAAGCUAGCUACUGAGUAAGUGCCUGGGAGUGACUGCUCUGCUAAGAACACCUGGGCCAUAUGUGGCAGGCCUUUCCAGACUGCUUUCCAGGUUUGUAGAUGGAAUGUGUUCCUCUCAAAGACAUAUUGUGUCCUGUAUUGGUUUCUUUUUUACCUAUGGAACCUCUUUCUGCGAUGGUUCUUUCAAAGCAUUUGCUUGGUGUUGUCUGCAUAGUGGUACAUUUCUAGCUUAAGCUCUGUGUGUCUAUAAAGAUUUCUGGCCUGCUCAGAAAAUGCUGGGAACAUUCUCCUUGCACUCGUUGCAGUGCAAUUCACUUUCUUCCUGGUAUUACUAAGGGUGUAACUAGAUUCUUGCCUCCUUUUAUUAAAAAAAUAGGAGUACAUUGACCUAUAGUAACUGGAUGUGUAAGGUGUGUGCAGCACACUGGAUAAGAAGUCAAUAUAUAACAAACUACCCAUUAGGAGUUUGUUAAACCUUUGAGAAGGGCUGGGGAAGGGGAAAAAUCCCAGUGAUGUCACAGAAUUCUUAUGUUUGGAAAAGACCUUUUAAGAUCAUCAAGUUCAGGCAGUCACUUCACACUGCCAAGCCUAUCACUAAACCAUAUCCCUCAUAUCCCUUUUGAAUAUCUCCAGGGAUGGUGACUCCACCACCUCCAUGGGCAGCCCAUUCCAAAGCUUAAUAACCCUCUUAGUGAAAAUGUGCUUCCUCAUGUCCAAUAUAAACCUCCCCUGGCGCAACUUAAAUCCAUUUCAUGUGCUGUCGUUCAUUACUGGAGAGAAGAGACCAACCUCCACCAGACUACAACUCCCCUCCAGGGAGUUGUAGAGAGUCAUCAUGUGUCUUCUCAGACUCCUUUUCUCUAGGUUAAACAUCCUCAGCUGCUCCUCAUAAGACCAAUUCUCCAGAUCCUUCACCAGCUUUGCUGCCUGUCUCCUUUCUUGUAGCUAAAAUGUAUAGUAUAUCAUAUUAAAUCUCUUUUUUUCCACAUCAACUUAUCCACGAGCCACUAGGAGAGCAAUGAGUUGUUUAAAGUGAUUCAUCUGUUGUUUCUGCUCCCUUACAGGUGUUAAAUGACCUGCAACUAAUAGUUCUCCAUGUCCAGCCAUUCAUUCUGUCAUUGCCAAGUGUUGCACGCAGCAGGGUCGUGUUCUGAGCCAGAAACGUGAGCUGCACCGACGACAUUGGCCACUGGAUGGGGAACUUUGCUAAGCAGUCAUGUCAUAGGUUAGCUGCAAAUUUAGAUUGUUUCUUUUUGGUAGAUGAACAUUUGAAUAGAAAGACUCCUAUGUAGUGGAACUGCUAGUCAAACUGUUUUUCCUGAGUUUAACUUGCUUAUUGUGUGUCAUUCUGAGGCUAAGGAAGUUAAGAGGCAUCUUAAAUAUGAGAGUGUAGGGAUGAAAUGAAAAUCAAGUUUAUAGUGUCUUGAUAAUUCUGUCUCUGCACAGGCACAAGUCAGAAUGUCUUCCAAGUCAGAUUUGUUUAUGGGAAACCUCAUUGCUGGUCUAAAAAUUAUUAAAGAAGUACUUGUAAAUUUUA